UAAAUGGAAUGCCUUAUUAGCCUGCGCCAUUACGUUGAAAAGUUUUUUUAUUUUUUUAUUUAAUGCGUUUUAUUUUAUUAAUUUCUUUUUUUUAUCUUUUGACAUUUUGUGCACUGACAAUCAGAAAAUCUCGUGCCCAGUUUGCCUGGAAAAUGUAAUCCGAUGUCUACCACUAAACAGCUAUUCUGUAGCCUAUAUCUCUAAAUACUUGCAUCGUAAUAUUGCAAUAUGCGACAUAAUAAUAAACAAAUACGCGCUACUGGUCGUGACAAAUAGGUGGUGCAAUCAUACUAGACAAACAACUCAAGUUAUAUAAGAUAUAUUCAAAGCAUUAAAGCGUACGGUAGUAGCUAAAGGUUAUUAUUUAUAUUAUUGUAUUAUUACAUACGUGAAAACAAAGCUUUCGAGUUAUCGAGGCGAAACGUGAGGGAAAGUAAGCAUCCACACAACAAAAAUUAAAAUGGUUUGUUUCAGUGUGGGAUAAGAUUUGUAUACAUAAAAUGGUUUCUAAUAAUCCCAUUGUAAACGGAACCUGAAUGUAACAACAUAACAAACUAGAGGACAAAAUCAGUUUUAAUAAAAUCAAAUAUGACACAUUAAAGUCACUAUGCACCCGCUAUUUUAGGUGCGUUACAAACGUGAUGUCCUGAAAGUCUUCAAGCGUUGGAUGUUUGAGAAGAAAUGCUCAAAAUAACGGGGUUGAAUAUAUGUUUAUCAUUUUGUUCACCAUAGUACUUGCUGUUUGGAAGGCGCUCUGUUGUCAUCUUUUUUUAGCUGUCGUACUUACACAUUUACGCGUUGGCGUCAUUUCCUGUUUUCAAACAAUGAUGGCGACCUCCAUCGACCGUGGGUUAUGACAGCACGGUAGGACAGAUUAGCAAGGACUGUGUGGUUAUCGCUUUGCAUGUCACCCUAGUGUGAGUCGUUGUCUAUCUACACAUCGGCUGACUUUUAAUGAACAUGAAUCUGCACAAACUUUCCUCGCGAUUGCGUCGAACAGUAACACAGAAGUUUAGACAGCUCCACAUAAGUAGCAGUGGACUGCAAUUGGAGGCAGUUGCUGUGGAGACGGCAUUAGCAGAACCAAAUCUCCUCUCAGUAUUCAGAACAUCAGAGCAAGAUCCAGCAUGCCACUCGGAAAAACAAGCUGGUCAAUACUACACCCUCCCUCCGACUCACAUCCACACACUCUUCCCUCAUGGACUGCCUCCCCGUUACCAGUUGCAGAUAAAGACAUUUAAUGAAGGCUGUGUGAUGGUGAGGCACCCCACACUGGAGCUCAUCUCAUACCUUAAAAAAGCAGAUUACAGCAAGGCUCCCCUGCGUUAUGUACUCUAUGGACUGCCUGGUUCUGGAAAGACCAUGUCAUUGUGUCAUGCCCUGCAUUACUGCUACACUCAGGGCUGGCUGAUCCUACAUGUACCUGAUGCACAUCUGUGGGUGAAGAACUGCAAAGAGCUGCUUCCCUCUUCUUCACGGCCUUCACGCUUUGACCAGCCACUCCAGGCAUCCCAUUGGCUGAAGAACUUCAAAAUGACCAACGAGCGCUUUUUACCCAAGAUAAAGACAACUCAGCGUUAUGUGUGGACAAAGAGAGAAAGUACAGAGGAAGGGCGACCUCUAGGGGAGCUUGUUGAUCAGGGUGUAAAUCGAGUUAAAAGCAGUAGCGAUGUGGUGGGGGCAGUGCUUCGGGAGCUGAGGCUUCAGGCAGGGGAAGAGGGGGCCUUUAAACUCGCUGUGGCGGUGGAUGGUGUGAAUGCUUUGUGGGGCAAAACAUCUCUCAAGAAGGAGGACAGGACUGUGUGUGAGCCAGAGGAACUGACUCUGAUUCAUAAUCUGAGGAAGAUGUUAAAAAACGAUUGGACUGGAGGUGCCAUUCUCACAGCUUUGUCUCAGACUGGGUCCCUUUACAUGCCACGAUCUGCUUACCUCCCUACAGAGCUCCUAGGACAGGAGGGAUUUGAUCAUAUGGAACCUUUUGUUCCCAUUUCUGUUUCCACCUACAAUGAGAAGGAGUUUGAGAGCUGUUACCUGUACUAUUUAGACCGCAACUGGCUGCAGCAUCCACACAGUCAAACUGAGGAAGGAAAGAAAGAACUCAUCUUUCUCAGCAACAAAAAUCCAUCCAUCCUGGAACGAUUGUGUGCCUUUUUGUAAUGCAAAGCUCUCUCUCUCUCUCUCUCUCUCUCUCUCAUACACACCUGUAAAUCAUAUGAACUGAAUUCCUCAAUAAACUAUUGUAAGCAAAUUUCAUAAUAAAUAUUUAAAAACCA